AUGGACGAGUACGACAACGACGGAUCCGGUGACGCGGCCGCGUUCGGCAACGACUCCGCGUACGGCGCGCCCGGCGCGUUCGGCAACGACGGCGGCUACGGCGCCGCCGGCAGGCUCGGCAACGACGGCGGCUACGGCGCCGCCGGCACGUUCGGCAGCGACUCCGACUACGCCGCGCCCGGCGCCUUCGGCGACGCAUCCGGAUACGCCCCCGCUCCCGGCUACGGCGCUGCCGGCGGCACCAGGGAUUUCCUGUCCCAGUCGGCGGCGUACUCCGGAUCUGCCGGAUACAGAACCUACGGCGGAGCGCCGUACGGCGGCCCGUCUUCAAGCAGCCGCACCAGCAGCCUCCUAGGGCUGGAUGCACUCGACCUCAACGCCGGCGACCUCAGCUGCUCAAGCUACCGAGGCAGUGGGCGGCGAACCAGCGGCCGAUGCACCCACGCACCAGCGACCCGUGAGGCAGCCCACCAGCACGCCCAGGAGGGCGUCUUUUUCUGUUUUAUAUUUUAA